AUGUCUGACCGUGACUACGAAACCGCAUACCUACUGCGGUGGUUCUCGGAAGGGCCUGGUUAUUGGAUGGAUUUGUUUGACCUAGGUACAUAUUUCUCUUCAUAUGUUCCGGUCAAAGCCCAGGACAACCUUCUCCUAAAGUACGCUGUUCUUGCUUACUCUGCCAAGGCCCUCGGGCGCGUCCAAGGACGCAAACCUGUUAUGGGCGGCAGUGUAACGCGACAGGCACAGAUGGAGAUGUACCCAGACACCCAUUUAGUGGACUGGUCUCACAAAGCUACACAGUAUUAUGAUAUGGCAGUGUCCCUUCUGCUGAAGGCACUGAAAGCCAAUGCGUUGGCUACACCGGAUUCAGAUUCGGAUGGCGGCGAUUCGUCUAACGGUUUCGACGAUCGUUCCCCGAAGCGAUACCGGAUGACCGGAAACAACGCGGCUACGUCAAGCACCGACGAACUCUUGGCAGCUUCCGCAAUUCUAUGCGUCUAUGAAUUCCUUGAUGGUUCCGACAAGGAGUGGAUGCGGCAUCUGAAUGGUGCCAAAUCGCUUCUGGUCGUUGCCCAGGAACGAUCGUCGCCUAUGCGAAUGACAGCGUCUGACUGCAUGGCUACUUCUGCUAACCUUGGCUUUGUCUCCAAAGCACGGAGAGCGACCUUUUGGAACAUCGCUAGGCAGGACAUGCUCGCAGCUUUUAUAAACAAAACAAGGACCCGACUUGACACCGAAGAUUUCUCCAUAUGGCGGGAGUUUGGCCUUCUUCUCAACGAAGAUGGCUUCAUCAUCUCUAACAAUGCCACGGACAUUGCCUAUCCUGAAGGUGACAGCAUGAUGAGAGAAGACCUCAUCUGCAACUCCCUCGUAUGGCUUAUGGGCAAGCUUGUCAAUUUCAUGGCAUAUGGGGACAACUUCGGAGAGGAGGGCACAUCUACCUGGGCUGGCGUCCGCCAACGAACACUACUCGAUUACUGGAAAACGAUCCAACGUCAAUUCCAGAUGUGGCACGACAGCCUACCCAUCACAUUCAAGCCCUCUGCUCGUGUCGACCCCAGACCUGCAACAGUAUUCGGCGAACCUAAUGUCCUCUUUCCCGAGGUCUGGUACAGCAUCCCCAUGUGCGCCUCGACCAUGCAAUAUUACCACAUGAGUCAGAUUCAGCUGUUCAUGAACAAGCCCCAUGAGUCGACGCAGGGAGCAACCAAUGUUUACGAACGCCUGAACUCUUACCAAUCCGUCCUGGCCGCUUGCCAAAAGCACAGCCGCGAGAUUGUCGGCAUAUCACUGGGCAGGCCCGACGAUGCCGUCCGCAUUCAUUCAGUGCAGCCCUUGUUCACAGCUGGACAGUGCCUGAGCGACCUCGGCGAGCGCCACGUCGUGCUUGACCUGCUCCGCGGUGUUGAGGCCGACAUAGGAUGGGCGACCGAGUACCGCGCGCGCCAGCUUAUCGAACAGUGGCAUCGAAAGGACAGUGACCAGGCCCUAGUCACUUGA